AUGAGUAUGAGUACUUCGACAGGUCUCGACGAUGUUGUGCAAGGCACCGACACCUCACGUCCCAGUGUUGCCACUCCACGGGCCAGUCCUUUCACCAUGCCGUCGCUCGCUCCGUUUGGGGUGGACAUGACCAUUGACACCACCCCUGUCAUUGCCAUCGACCCGAUCGCCCUCAUCACCACAGAAUGUAUAACCAUCACGUCUGCCAUGCGCAAACAUGCGCGCUGGGCACAGUCCUCGGUAUCAGCCAUCCUCGGAGGAGGCGCUUCCAGGCUGCAAGAGAAGGAUUUACAACGCUCCUCGUCGCAAGGUCGCCGGGGCGGGAAGGGGCCUGUUAUCUCGGACCCGGGCAAGACCAGACUCACUGUCACCGGUGCCUCCGAUGACGAGAACUCGAGCCUGGCGAGUCGGUGGGGAUUGCGAGGGAAAAGAGGCAAAAGUCUGCAAGACAAUCCUCUCCUUUCGGCCUUCGCCCGGUUACGGAGAGACCUGGCGGGAUGCAGAGAUGUGCGUAGUGUGGACGCUCCUGAACUGCUACAUCCUUUCUUGCAGGUCAUCCGAAGCUCUUCGACCAGCGCCGCCAUUACCAGUCUGGCGGUCAUCUCAGUCACCAAGUUCUUUGCAUAUAAUAUCAUCACCAUCAAAAGUCCACGAAUCGCCCUGGCCAUGCACUUGUUGAGUGCGGCCAUCACCCACUGUCGGUUUGAAGCUAGUGACACCGCGGCAGAUGAGGUGGUCUUGCUCCGAAUCCUACGGCUCAUGGAAAGCAUCAUCUCCCGGCCUGAGGGUCAACUGCUGGGCGACGAGAGUAUUUGUGAGAUGAUGAGCACGGGGUUGAGCAUGUGCUGCCAGGCCCGACUUUCAGAGGUGCUGAGGCGAUCGGCCGAAAUGGCCAUGGUCACCAUGUGUCAAGUCGUGUUCAGCAGAUUGAAGACUCUAAGAGUCGAAGAAGUACCCAAGGCGAGGAGCCGCUCCAACACCAAGACGACCACGGAUGAUCUGAAGAUCGAGCCGCCAAUGACUGGGAGUGUCAUGGGAAAUGGCGAACUGGAACGGUCGAGUGUCGAUGCCGAUGGGCGCUCUACUGCAGAAGACGGCACCCAGAUCAAGGUUCCCUCAUCCGAACCCACGCAUUCCACCGUCCCAACAGAUGGUGAAGAGUUCGAGAACGUGCAGCCAUACGCGUUGCCGUCCAUCAAAGAGCUGUUUCGAGUCUUGAUCGACCUCCUCGACCCUCAUGAUAAAACUCACACCGAUCCCAUGCGGAUCAUGGCCUUGCGAAUUAUCGACAUUGCAUUGGAGGUUUCUGGGCCUUGGAUUGCCGGACAACCAGCUCUAGCAAGUCUUGUUCAGGAUGACUUGUGCCGUCAUCUGUUUCAGCUCGUCCGGUCAGACAACAUGGUUCUUCUAAACAGCUCGUUGCGGGUUGCCGGGACGCUGUUGGCCACGUGCCGGCAACUGCUGAAACUGCAGCAGGAACUGUUCUUGUCGUACUUGGUGGCAUGUCUGCACCCCCGGGUUGACAUUCCUCAGGAACCGGGAAUUGAUCCGGCACUUUAUGAAGGGGUGCCGCAAGCUCCCAAAUUGGUCAGGCCCGCGCCUUCUCAAGCCAGCAGCGGCCGAUCAACACCUGUCCCUAUCAAGGACAGACAGAAGCUGGGGCUGGAGGGGGGUGCUAGAAGACCGGAAGCGAGGGAAGCAAUGGUUGAAAGUAUCGGUACUCUGGUCCGUAUGCCAGGUUUCAUGGUUGAACUCUUCGUCAAUUAUGAUUGUGAAGUGGACAGGCAGGAUCUUUGCGAAGACAUGGUCGGCCUCUUGUCGCGGAACGCUUUCCCGGACGCGGCCACCUGGAGUACGACCAACGUUCCACCUUUGUGCUUGGACUCGCUGUUGACCUUUGUCCAAUUCAUGGCGGAGAGGCUUGAUCAAGAGGCGCCGGCGGGUUCAGAGGCCCGAAUAGAGAAGAUGCGGUUACAACGGGUUCGAAAGAAAAUCAUCAAAAGCGGCGCUUCGAAAUUCAACGAUGACCCCAAAGCGGGCGUCGCAUACCUGGUGAGGAAUGGCAUCAUUGAAGACCCGGACGAUCCACGCCAAGUGGCGCACUUCCUCAAGGGAACCUCCCAUGUGUCGAAGAGAGUCCUGGGUGAAUUCCUGACGAAGCGAAACAACGAACGUCUGUUGACCGCCUUUAUCGACCUGUUUAAUUUUGACGACAUGCGCAUUGAUGAGGCUCUCCGCGAAAUGCUCGGUUCUUUCCGUCUCCCUGGAGAGUCGGCCCUCAUUGAGCGGAUAGUCACCACCUUCGUCGAAAAGUACUGCUCGACGACUUCGAGCGAUGAAAUUGCCGACAAAGAUGCCGCUUUUGUUCUGACCUAUGCCAUUAUCAUGCUUAAUACCGAAUUGUACAACCCCAACGUCAAGUCACAGCAGCGUAUGACAUGCGAGGGAUUUGCCAAAAAUCUGCGGGGAGUCAACAAAGGGAACGACUUUGCGCCGGAGCUCCUCCAGGAGAUCUACGAUGCGAUCAAACAGAACGAGAUUAUUUUGCCCGACGAGCAUGAAAACAGACACGCCUUUGAGUAUGCAUGGAAAGAACUCUUGAUGAAGACUGCCGACGCCGGCCCGUUGGAGCGUUGUGACAGCAGUGCCUUUGAUGCCGAGAUGUUCAAGGCGACUUGGAAACCGAUAGUGGCCACUCUGUGCUAUGUCUUCAUGUCAGCCUCCGAUGACGCGGUCUUUUCGCGGGUGGUGGUCGGAUUCGACCAGUGCGCUCAGAUUGCGGCCAGGUACGGGAUCACCGAGGCCUUUGAUCGAAUCGUCUACAGCGUAAGCCAAAUCAGCGGGUUGGCAGCCGAAGUCCCACCCAGCACCUCCCUGAACACCGAGGUUCAGGUGGGAAAGAAGAGGAUCAUGGUCAGCGAGUUGGCCGUCCGGCUCGGGAGAGAUUUCAAAGCCCAGCUGUCGACCGUGCUGUUGUUCAGGAUCUUGUCUGGUCGGGAACACGCCGUGGGCGAGACGUGGAUCUACAUUGUACGCAUCUUGAAGAACCUCUUCGUCAACUCCCUCAUCAGCCUGCCCACGGUCGACGGGAGCAGAUUGACGGAUAUGGGUUCUAUUCCUCUACAACCUCCCUCGCAGGUCAUUGAUCGAGACGGAAGACUGAGCGACAGCGGCCUUUUCUCCACCUUCACCUCGUAUCUUUCGAGUUACGCUGCCGACGAUCCGCCUGAACCUUCCGAGGAAGAAUUGGAUAACACGCUCAGUGCGGUCGACUGCGUCAAGGCGUGUCGGCCCGAUGCCGUCCUGAAACGCAUGGCGGCCCUGCCUCCAAAUCAAAUCAGGGCUCUUGUCGCUGCCUUACUGUCGCAGAUGGAGGAGUCUUCGCCUGUCGUGACCGUGAAACCUGAACGACCCAUGCCAGUCACGGUCCGGGUCAAUGGUCAUCGUAUGCCCAAGGCAGGCCCGGAAUAUGACCCCGGCACCGUCUUUGUGCUGGAGCUGGCAACUCUGCUAACCCUGAGGGACGACGAGACGAUCGCUGCUGCGGGUGAAGUCUUGACUGGAUCACUGCAAAACGCGGUCAGGGAUGCAUCGAAUCUCCAUCCACUCGCUGCUGCCAGGGUGGUGCAUUACCUCCUGGAGCUGCUACGGUACAGCUACACCUACGAUUUUAUGCGCGCCCCCGUCGUCCUGCACGCCAUCUCCAGUUUCGACGACACCGUCCUCGACCGCACCGCAUCAACAGUCACCGGAGGCCUCGCCAAUACCAUCGUCGAGGCCGGACCACUGCGCAAUGAAGUCACCAAGUCUCCGGAUUUCUGGUCCACGUUGCAACGCCUCCAUCAGCACAAGACGGAGGCUGAAUCCGUCUUCGAAAUACUCACCACCGUGGCCACUUCACAUCCUACAGCCGUCACGGCCGACAACUUUGAGUCGGCGGUGGCGUUGGCCAACGACUUUGCAUCUGCCGGGUCGAUAGGCUCGAUCCAGGAGAAACGGCGAGACUUUGCGGCCAAGCGCGGACACCAGGCCAAGCCGGCGCGCGAUGAGGAUCUUGUGGUGGUUCAGCGGGCUGUCAAGGCCAUCGGGCUCAUCUACCAGCUCAGUGACCGCGUGCCCAGUCUCAUUACGCAGUCACACCUUGAGCGCCAGGAGGCCUGGGCGGCGUAUUGGUCUCCAGUGUUCCGCGCGCUGUGCUCUCAAUGCGUGAAUCCUUGCCGGGAAGUUCGGCACCGCGCCCUGUCCGCCCUGCAACGCACAUUGCUAUCUGAAUCCGUGGCGGACCAGGAACAACAUACCGAGUGGACCGCCAUCUUCGACGAGGUCCUCUUUCCACUGACCCUGCGUAUGCUCAAGCCUGAAAUCUACCAGCUUGACCCGCCCGGUAUGAAUGAGACCCGAGCCCAGGCUGCGUCCGUGCUGUGCAAAGUCUUUUUGCGUUAUCUCGAUCGGCUGGUCGAGGUACGCCGUAUGGCUGAUGUCUGGGUCAAGAUUCUCGAGUUGCUGGAUCGACUGAUGAAUGCGGGCACUGAGGGAGAUGCCUUGGCGGAAGCCGUUCUUGAGGGGGUCAAGAACGUGCUGCUUGUCAUGGACGGCACGGGGUAUUUGGAGAGAGACGGCAGUGCUGAUACCGAUUCUGGCAUCGGUGGUGCCACCAAAGGCAGCCAAACCCAAGGAGGCAAGCUCACCGCAGGACCCCAAGCUCGAGGUCGAAGUCAGCGCCAAGGAGGAGGAAGAGACGGUGGUGGCGGACAUGAGCAGGACGCGCAUGGUUCAAACCCGGGACUCGGUGUGGAGGCGGAGGGGGAGGAAGAUGCAGAAUCAGAAUCCGAAGACGAGGUGCAGGACGCAGAAGAACAAGAGGAAGAAGAGAUCCAACUUUGGCCUGAGACGGUGAGGCGUCUGGACCGAUUCUUGCCGGGCCUAGUCGACGACUUGUUCCCUACACCGGCUCCUACUCCUCCUGUCCCUGUUGAGGAAGCCACCGAGUCUCAUUCUUCGGCUUCGGCUCCUGGUACUGCUGGUGCUGCUGAUGCUAGUGUUGAUGCUGUCAAGGAUGAUCGAGUCUCCAGCGACAAGCAGGCUUCGGAACCAAGAGAGCAUGGACCUGAAAGCGCCACCACAUGA